AUGGGCCACUGAUGAAAGCCCAUUCGUUAAAUUAUGGCAUCAUCAUGCUGUCCAGCAGUAAAAGAUCCAUUUAUUACUGGUCUCCUCGUUCGACUCGCUUCGCCACGGCUGAAACGAUCAGAUAUCAACAUGAGGUUGGCUGACAUUAACCACACCAAGAAUAACUCUGCUGCUAUCACCAACAAUGGUGUCGCCGCCGCUGCUGCUGCUGAUGAUAACGAAUGCACCGUGCGAGAGCAAGAUCGUUUCAUGCCCAUAGCCAAUGUGAUCAGAAUCAUGCGCAAGAUCCUGCCCCCUCAUGCCAAGAUCUCAGACGACGCCAAGGAAACUAUCCAAGAGUGUGUCUCCGAGUACAUCAGCUUCAUUACUGGAGAGGCCAAUGAGCGUUGCCAGCGCGAGCAGCGCAAGACCAUUACUGCUGAAGACGUCCUGUGGGCAAUGAGCAAGCUUGGCUUCGACGACUACAUCGAGCCCCUCACUCUCUACCUCCACCGCUUCCGCGAGAUGGAGGGUGAUCGUGGCUCCAUGAGGUCCGAAACUUUGAUGAAGACUAGUACCAGGGCAAUGACUGCGGCAGAGUAUCAUGCAGCUGCAGCAGCAGGCUCUUUCGCUGGCUUUGCUCCUUUUCAUCACCAUGGCUUUUUUGGAUACUUGAAGGAGGCGUCCACAUCCAAUGGUGUUGUGACAUCUUUGCCCCAGCAGGCUAAUGCUGUUGCUGCAAUGGCAAAUGGUGAGCACAUACAGGCAUCACAUUCCCAGUAUGAUGAUAACAACAGAUGA